CUCCCUUCCCUUCCCUCCACUCAUUUCCUCUAAACCAUAAACCAUAAACAUGAAAAAGAUAAGACACUCGCGUAAACCAUUCUGACAGACUAAAAACCACAAGCCAGAACUCCCUCCUCUUCUCUUUUGAUCUCUGGCUAGAGCUACAGAACGUUCACUACCAACAUGUCUUGCUCAAAUCUGACAAUGUUGGUGUCCUCAAAACCAUCUCUUUCUGACACCUCUUCACUAUCUUUUCGCUCUUCUCUCAACCCUUUUCAGCUUCCUACUCACAGUUCAUCCAGCAGCAACCCUUCAAGAUCCUCUUCUGUGACCCCAAUUCAUUGUGGUCUCCGUGAGCUUCGAAGUCGUAUAAAUUCAGUGAAGAACACACAGAAGAUCACCGAGGCCAUGAAGCUUGUUGCUGCUGCAAAGGUGAGGAGAGCACAAGAAGCUGUUGUCAAUGGUAGGCCUUUCUCUGAAACUCUUGUAGAAGUUCUUUACAACAUUAAUGAACAGCUCCAAACUGAGGACAUAGAUGUGCCUCUCACCAAAAUUAGGCCGGUCAAGAAAGUUGCUCUGGUUGUUGUUACUGGUGAUAGAGGUCUUUGUGGACCUUUCAACAAUAAUAUUAUCAAAAAAGCAGAAGCAAGAAUUGCAGAAUUGCAGGGUCUUGGACUUGAUUAUACUGUCGUUAGCGUUGGAAAGAAGGGCAACUCUUAUUUUGUAAGGCGGCCUUAUAUUCCAGUUGAUAGGUUUCUCGAGGGUACCACUCUCCCUACAGCUAAAGAGGCUCAAGCAAUUGCAGAUGAUGUAUUUUCACUCUUUGUUAGCGAAGAGGUUGAUAAGGUGGAGCUUUUAUACACGAAAUUUGUGUCACUGGUCAAGUCUGAUCCUGUCAUACACACAUUGCUUCCACUCUCACCAAAGGGAGAGAUUUGUGACAUUAAUGGGAACUGUGUGGAUGCUGCUGAGGAUGAACUCUUCAGGUUGACAACAAAAGAAGGGAAGUUAACUGUAGAGAGAGAUGUUUUUAGGACUCAAACAGUAGAUUUCUCACCCAUUUUGCAGUUUGAGCAGGACCCAGUUCAGAUUCUUGAUGCCUUGUUACCUCUAUAUUUGAAUAGUCAGAUUUUGAAGGCAUUGCAGGAAUCACUGGCCAGUGAGCUUGCUUCUAGGAUGAGCGCUAUGAGCAAUGCAACUGAUAAUGCAGUAGAAUUGAAGAAGACCCUUUCCAUCGUUUACAAUAGGGAGCGCCAGGCAAAGAUUACCGGAGAAAUACUGGAGAUUGUUGCAGGUGCCAAUGCAUUAACCUAGAAAUCUGUGGUUGCACUUACACAAUUCUGAUUCUCUCAGGGUAAUUUCAUGGGUUUCCUCUUAUUCAUUUAAAUAUGCUUAUUUUAAAAACAGUUAUGAGAUAGGACAUUUUUUUUUUCUUCCAUUGUAAUUCUCAAAUUGCUUAUAAAACUCUAUGAACACUGAGAACUGCAAUGUAUUUUGGAACAAGGGAGCAUUCUGCUUAUCUUUGUACCCCAGCCUUUUUUCCCUGAUAUAAUACUACAGUAUGUCUGAUAUGUUA